AUGGAGGAUGGGAAGCCCGUUUGGGCUCCACACCCAACUGAUGGGUUUCAGAUGGGGAUGAUUGUGGACAUUGGCACUGACAACUUAACUAUUGAACCUUUGAAUCAGAAAGGCAAGACUUUCCAGGCUGCUAUCAAUCAAGUGUUUCCUGCGGAAGAGGACAGCAAAAAGGAUGUAGAAGAUAAUUGUUCCCUUAUGUAUUUAAAUGAGGCCACUCUCCUUCACAAUAUCAAAGUUCGGUACAGUAAGGACAGAAUUUAUACCUAUGUAGCCAACAUUCUUAUUGCAGUGAAUCCAUAUUUUGAUAUACCUAAGUUUUAUUCUUCCGAUACUAUUAAAAAGUACCAGGGUAGAUCACUUGGAACAUUGCCACCACAUGUUUUUGCUAUUGCUGAUAAAGCAUUCCGUGACAUGAAAGUGCUCAAGAUGAGUCAGUCCAUCAUAGUCUCUGGAGAAUCGGGAGCUGGCAAGACAGAAAACACUAAAUUUGUUUUGAGGUAUUUGACAGAAUCCUAUGGUACUGGCCAAGAUAUUGCUGAUAGAAUUGUAGAAGCAAAUCCCCUAUUAGAAGCCUUUGGAAAUGCAAAGACUGUUCGCAACAACAACAGCAGUCGUUUUGGGAAAUUUGUAGAAAUUCACUUCAAUGAAAAGAAUUCGGUGGUUGGUGGAUUUGUAUCACAUUACCUUCUGGAGAAAUCUAGGAUCUGUGUGCAAGGCAAAGAAGAGAGGAAUUAUCAUAUCUUUUACAGGCUUUGUGCUGGUGCUCCAGAAGACAUUAGGGAAAAACUAUAUCUAAGCUCUCCCGACAACUUUAGGUAUUUAAAUCGAGGCUGUACCAGAUACUUUGCUAACAAAGAAACAGACAAGCAGAUUUUGCAAAAUCGCAAGAGUCCUGAGUAUCUCAAAGCAGGUUCCUUGAAGGAUCCACUCUUAGAUGAUCACGGAGAUUUUAACAGAAUGUGCACAGCAAUGAAAAAGAUUGGACUGGAUGAUGCAGAAAAACUUGAUCUUUUUAGAGUAGUGGCUGGUGUCCUUCACCUUGGAAAUAUUGAUUUUGAGGAAGCUGGGAGCACUUCAGGGGGCUGCACGCUGAGGCCGCGGAGCGAGCCGGCGCUGGAGUGCUGCGCGGCGCUGCUGGGGCUGGACCAGGAGGACCUGCGGGGCAGCCUCACCACGCGCGUCAUGCUCACCACGGCAGGGGGCGCCAAAGGAACGGUCAUCAAGGUACCCUUGAAAGUGGAACAAGCAAACAAUGCUCGUGAUGCCUUGGCUAAAACGGUUUAUAGUCAUCUGUUUGACCAUGUAGUGAACCGGGUAAACCAGUGUUUUCCAUUUGAGACUUCUUCUUUCUUCAUUGGAGUUCUAGAUAUAGCUGGUUUUGAAUACUUCGAACACAACAGUUUUGAACAAUUCUGUAUUAACUACUGUAAUGAAAAACUGCAGCAGUUUUUUAAUGAAAGGAUUCUGAAAGAGGAACAAGAACUUUACCAAAAAGAAGGCCUGGGGGUUAAUGAAGUGCGCUAUGUAGAUAAUCAGGACUGUAUAGAUUUGAUUGAAGCAAAAUUAAUAGGUGUACUGGAUAUUUUGGAUGAAGAAAAUCGUCUUCCCCAACCAAGCGACCAGCAUUUUACUUCAGUUGUGCACCAAAAACACAAGGACCAUUUCAGACUCUCUAUUCCUAGAAAGUCUAAACUGGCUGUUCACAGAAAUAUCAGAGAUGAUGAAGGCUUUAUUAUCCGACAUUUUGCAGGAGCAGUAUGCUAUGAGACGAUGCAGUUUGUGGAAAAAAACAAUGAUGCUUUGCACAUGUCCCUUGAAUCUCUUAUAUGUGAAUCCAAGGACAAGUUUGUUCGACAACUAUUUGAAUCUAACUCUAACAACAACAAGGAUCCCAAACAAAAAGCUGGGAAACUUAGUUUCAUCAGUGUGGGAAACAAAUUCAAGACUCAGUUAAAUUUGCUUCUUGAGAAGCUUCACAGUACUGGGUCUAGCUUUAUUCGCUGUAUCAAACCUAAUUUAAAGAUGACAAAUCACCAUUUUGAAGGAGGACAGAUCCUCUCUCAGCUUCAGUGUUCAGGAAUGGUGUCUGUUCUGGAUUUGAUGCAAGGUGGUUUCCCUUCGCGAGCUUCAUUUCAUGAACUAUAUAAUAUGUACAAGAAAUACUUGCCUGAAAAAUUGGCUCGACUGGAUCCUAGGCUCUUUUGCAAGGCACUAUUUAAAGCCUUGGGGCUGAAUGAAAAUGAUUACAAAUUUGGGUUAACCAAGGUGUUUUUUAGACCCGGCAAGUUUGCAGAGUUUGAUCAGAUAAUGAAGUCUGAUCCGGAUCACUUAGCAGAGCUAGUUAAACGAGUGAAUCGCUGGCUUAUCUGCAGUCGUUGGAAAGAAGUUCAAUGGUGUUCUCUCUCAGUGAUUAAAUUGAAAAAUAAGAUAAAAUAUCGAGCCAGUGCCUGCAUUAAAAUACAAAAGACUAUUCGUAUGUGGCUUUGCAAGAGAAAGCACAAACCACGCAUUGAUGGCCUGAUAAAAGUGCGUACCCUGAAGAAGAGACUUGAAAAAUUUAAUGAAGUAGUAAGUGCUCUGAAGGAAGGGAAAGCAGAGACAAGCAAGCAGGUCAAGGAGCUGGAGUAUUCUAUUGAUGCUUCAAUGACCAAAAUUAAGACCACUAUAAUGACUAGGGAACAGAUACAGAAAGAAUAUGAUGCUCUAGUUAGAAGCUCAGAGCAGCUUCUGAGUGCACUGCAAAAGAAGAAACAGCAAGAGGAGGAAGCAGAGAGGCUACGACGCAUCCAGGAGGAAAUGGAAAAAGAAAGAAAGAGACGUGAAGAGGAAGAACGACAACGAAGGAAGGAAGAAGAGGAAAGACGUCUGAAAUCUGAGAUUGAGGCAAAGAGAAAACAGGAAGAGGAAGAGAGGAAAAAGAGGGAAGAGGAAGAAAAGCGUAUUCAGGCUGAAAUCGAGGCUCAGCUAGCUAGAGAACAAGAAGAGGAAACCCAGCACCAGGCAGUUCUUGAACAGGAACGUCGUGAUCGUGAACUUGCAAUGAGAAUUGCCCAGAGUGAGGCAGAACUCAUCAGUGAUGAGGUUCAGCAUGAUUUAGGAUUGCGCAGAGCCAAUGGAGCAAAGCUGCAAAUGACUGCGGAACAAAUGGCCACAGAAAUGUCAGAAAUACUGUCUAGGGGCCCUUUAGUUCAAGCCUCGAAAGCUGCUGCUGGUACUAAGAAGCAUGAUCUCAGUAAGUGGAAAUAUGCAGAGCUUCGCGAUACAAUCAAUACAUCCUGUGAUAUUGAACUGUUGGCGGCUUGCAGAGAAGAGUUUCACAGAAGGCUAAAGGUAUAUCAUGCUUGGAAAUCCAAGAAUAAGAAACGCAAUACAGAAACAGAACAGCGUGCUCCCAAAUCAGUCACAGACUAUGAUUUUGCACCAUUUUUGAGCAACUCACCUCAACAGAACCCGACAACCCAGCUGCCAGCCAGACAACAAGAGAUUGAAAUAAACAGGCAACAGCGUUACUUCCGCAUACCCUUCAUCCGUCCCGCGGACCAAUACAAAGAUCCACAGAACAAGAAGAAGGGUUGGUGGUAUGCGCAUUUUGACGGGCCAUGGAUCGCUCGACAAAUGGAACUUCAUCCUGACAAGGCACCCAUUCUCCUUGUAGCAGGUAAGGACGAUAUGGAUAUGUGUGAGCUUAAUCUUGAAGAGACUGGCUUAACUCGAAAGCGAGGUGCUGAAAUUUUGCCGAGACAGUUUGAAGAAAUUUGGGAGCGCUGCGGAGGUAUCCAGUAUCUUCAAAAAGCAAUUGAAAGCAGACAGGCUCGCCCUACGUAUGCUACAGCUAUGCUGCAGAACCUAUUGAAAUAAGUGGUCAUUUUGCACAGUAGUGUUCGAGAUGAGAACCCUUGCCCGUGAUACAAAGGGAAGAGUUCCUCUGUGCGACAGAGGACGUAAACGUUCUAUAAUCGUACUAGAGAUGUUUAAUAUAAAGUGAACAGAUUUUAUUAAUCAUGUGGUUUGUUAAUUUGUACUUUAUGAUGUUUAAUUUGUGUAGUGAACUUCACUAGGUAUGAGGACCUUGAAGAAAUUUCAGUCAGUGUAGUUUGUUGCAUUUUGUUCAUAUGUUGCAUUUUCUUUAACGGUUUCUGUUAUAACUCUUAACGCUUUCAAGCAAUCUGUCUAUACUUGGGUACAUAUUACAAAGAGCUGCACUGCAACCACCUUUUUAUAAAAUCCCCUCUGUAAAACACUGAAUAGUUGGCUUCAAGCGGUGGCCUAGUAAAGAGGAUAUGCUGUUUCUCAUAACUGGAAUUGUGAGGCCUUAGCUUUGACUUCUGGAGAAGUUGGAGUAUACUCUUAUAUAAUCGGAGACAUUUUAUGUCCUGAUUUGAAAACUGGUUAGUGUCUGUAUUUACUGACUUUUUUCAGAAACUGAUGGGAAAUCCUCCUAAACUUGAGACCCAUAAAUUCCUAUUUAAUGCAUUCUCUGUCUUGGUUUAAGAGAAAUGGUUUUCUGUACAUUCUGAGAAGAGCGUUCAUAUAUGUCAAUGGUGUGUAAUGUUGGAGGUACACUGAGAAUGUACUGCUCAUUUGGGCUUGUACCACUUCUCUCUUAGUUUUUCUUUUUUCUCUUCAAGUACAAAUUUCCUUUAGACUUCUAUUUUUCUGACCAAAUUUCCAUUAGGAAUUCUUGGACAGUUUGUUUAUCCAGGUAGUGUAAUUUCAAUAUAUUAUGCAAAAGCGUCCAAGUCUUAGAUCUGGAGGCAUGUAAGAUUAAGGAUAGCAUAAGGGAAAUAUGUUCAGCUUUUUGGUGGCAGUGUAACUUAGCUGAAUGUUGAGGCCUGAGCCUCAGACAUCCUGUUUAUUUUAAUUGUAACGAGAUGCACAAGGUCUGUACCUUUUAUUAGGCUGUAUAAAGAUUUGGUCCAAUAACGUAAUGCAUCAUCUUAGUGCUGGGUGCUGAUGGAAUAGCAACAGUUUUUAGUAUACUGGAAUAUCAUAGUGAUUUGGACACUGAGCUUUAUCUCAGCCUCCUCUGUCAAGUUUCAUAGCUCGUAACAGUUCCCUUAUUAAGCAGUUUGGUUUGGGAGUUCGUGGGUGGGAAUUACUGAUUUCACACAGCUUCAAGAUGCACUUGUUCACUUAUGUGAACAUUGUUUCACCAUGCUGGCCAUUAUUUCAACAAAUUAAACUUGAUUAUUUAUUAUCUCUCCGAUGGGAAUUUGAAAUAUAGGUAGCUUGAUGUCCAGUUACUUAUUCAACCUGAUUUAAAAAUGAAGUCUUGCUCUACGAAUUGAGAAAGUUUGCUUACGCUAUAAAACAAUUUCCUCACCGUUUAUUCAGUUUGAAACCUCUUGGAAACUUUAGUUUUUAAAUGCAUAACUAUACUUACUUAAUAACUUUCAAGAGGUACAGUUCUGCAGCACAGAGAAAGCUCACGAUGCAUACAUCCUUGCUGACCUUGGAUUGUGCUUGCAUGCCACAGUCUGCUGCUUGUUAUAAAUGCACUCCUUACCGUAGUACUCGGGGAGAUAUUUGAGUAAUACCUUAACUCUGUAUGAAUCUGCUGCCUCAGGGAAUCUCCGCGUCCACUGCGUACCCACUCUACUUUUUGGUCACGUGAUUGCAAACGAGAAAAUGUUUUCAUUUUACCCAAACAAAUUCUUCACUGAAGCAGUAAUUUUUGGCUGGAAGAUGAAAGUGCAUCGGACUGCUGGCUAGCAAGUUGUGUACAAACCUGUACAGUGUUGCAUGAGUUUAAAGGUGCUGCUUAUGAAAUUUAAAUUACUGGUUUAAUGUGUUACUGAAUUGGAACCAAAGUUUCAGAACUUCCAGUCUCCAGAAACUUAGCCCUGCAAGAAGCUGUGAUCGUUCAUGCGACACAAGGAAGAAAUAAAAAUCACUGAACUGAUAGGACUGAGAUGCCCUACCCUGUAUUUAUUACUGUCUAGGUUUAACUUCUUGACUUAAAGCAUAAAGUCUCAGUUCAUAUGUGUGUGUGUAUAUAUAUACAUAUAUAAAAACCGGAUUUUAUGAGACUGAACAUGGUAAGCAAAGAACCUCAAUACUUAAGUGUAUGUGUAUACACAUAUAUAUGCUUAAAUAUUUUAUUACAUAUAUGUGUAAACAUACUUGUGGGGAACUUAAAAUAAAUAAAAUUGUUAACUGGAUUUUUCCAGUCUGUUCCUGUGAUUAUGCCAGGAUUUCCUUGACUGGCAUCAGAAAGAAAAUUUAUUUUUCAGAAUGGGGUGUAUGGAAAUUCUUGUUAACUAAAUGACUAACGAAUAUGAGCUAUCAGGAGAAUAAAAUUGACUUUGAAAUAGUGGAAGAGGAACUGGUGGCUGGAUGUUCUCAAAUGAGAUGUUCCCACCUCUCUGCGUUGCUCCAGCAGUAGGCCUGAGGCAAGCAAAAAAUGCAUUCCAAAAAUCAGGGUAUUCUAGUUUGCACAGUAGCAUGGUUGGUUUUGGGUUUUUUUUUUUUCCUGCACCAAAAGCAGCAUCUGCUUUUAGUUUUACUGAUCUUUCUGUGCAGCAAAAUUAAUUUUCAAUUAAUUUCAGAUCCCCCCCCUCCACGUCAGGCAAUAUUCAUCCGCUUACCGAUUGUUUCCGUUGUCCCAUCUACUGUGUCUGAUAAUUAUACUGUUGGAUUGUAGUAUUACCUAGUGCCCUACUGAUCUACGGCUAUAGAGAAAAAUGUAAUUUGUUUUUUAAAGCAAAAUGAUGAGGUAAACGUGUUGGCUUGGUUCUGUGUGUUUGAUUUUUAAAACACAAUCUUCCUGCCUCUCAGUGAAGUUGUCCGUUGUAGUUGAGAUCUUCUGCAUGAAACACUCCAGAAAACGAAGGAGAGGAAGAGAAUCACCGUGCCAGGCUACGUUCCUGACCGGGUGACCCAGGAACAUGAAUUGUCUAGGGAAUGCUACUUCGAGGACCACAAGGUCAUUAAAUACUUGUCUUUCAUCCACUGAUGAGAUUGUUUUUCUUUACCUAGCUGAAUCCUUUGGGUUUUUCUCCAAAAUCUUUAUUUAAAGUAUU